CACACAGACGGAGGGCUGGCCGCGGUGUGUGCUUUCUGUCUGUACUUCCCCUGCAAACUAAGUUUUUAAAAUUAGACUUUGACCGACAGGGUCGCUGCAAAAUCCCGCUAGACUUCACAGAUGUGGAUUAUAUCUUCAGUUUUAGCCUGCCCGAACUGAAUUACAGUGAAAUAACCCGCAGCUUUUAGAGGUUUCACAGGAGAAUAACAGCAAGGGUGUGUCCGGAGACUCGGAGAAAUCAAACUUUUUUUUUUUUUUUUAUAAUGCAAGUUUAAACAUUUUGUCUUUGAAGUGUUAACGACAGAAAGAGUUUGGGAAAAUCUCAGAGCCGCCAUGCCGGGGAAUGGUGGAGUCUACGCGGUGAAGAGGAGGAAGAAGCCCGUUCAGAAAAUCCCCAAGCCUCCUCCCGUGAAGACAAACCCGUCCAAGAGACACCGGGACCGCCUCAAUGUGGAGUUGGACCGUCUCACCGGCAUGCUGCCGUUCUCCCAGGAUGUCAGAGGCCGCCUGGACAAACUGUCUGUGCUGCGGCUCAGCGUGGGAUACCUCAAGGCCAAGAGUUACUUCCACGCAGCGCUCCAGAAGAGAGCGGCUCCCCUCGUCACUACAAACGGCAGAAAUGGACACUCGGUGUCGCUGGAUGGAGUCAGCUUCUCAGAGGGAGAUCUCCUUCUCCAGGCUUUAAAUGGCUUCGUGUUGGUCGUGACCACGGACGGCACUGUCUUCUACACGUCCCCGACCAUCAAGGACUUCCUGGGCUUCCAUCAGUCCGAUGUCGUCCAUCAAAGUGUGUUCGAUCUCGUUCACAUGGAUGACAGAGAGACAUUCAAAUGUCAGCUCCACUUCGCCCUGAACCCCAACCAGACCGACUCAGACCAGAGAGCUGAAGAUGGACAGCCAGGCAGUAAAGCGUCGAGCAGCUCGGUCAGCUUGCUGCCUCAGUACAUCCCUCCAGAGAACUCGUCUUUCCUGGAAAGGAGCUUCUGCUGUCGCCUUCGCUGUCUCCUCGACAACACUUCUGGAUUCCUGGCUCUAAACUUCAAUGGACGCCUGAAGUUUCUGCAUCUGCAGGGAAACACAGAGGCCGAUGGGAGAGCAGCUCCUCUCCCCCAGCUCGCUCUGUUUGCCAUCGCCACGCCUGUACUGCCUCCCUCAGUCAUGGAGAUCCGGACGAAGACGCUCAUCUUCCAGUCCAAACACAGGAUGGACUUUGCUCCCAUGGGUAUUGACACCAGGGGGAAGCUGGUUUUAGGGUAUUCAGAGAUAGAGUUGGUCACAACAGGUUCUGGCUAUCAGUUCAUCCACGCUGCUGACAUGAUGUACUGCGCCGACAACCACCUGAGGAUGAUCAAGACAGGAGACAGCGGCUUCACGUUCUUCAGGCUGCUGACAAAGACAGGACACUGGCUGUGGGUUCAGGCCAACGCGAGAGUCGUCUUCAAGGGAGGAAGACCGGACUUCAUCAUCGCUCGUCAGAAAGCGCUCACAAAUGAGGAAGGAGAGGAACACUUGCGGCAGAGGAGACAGCAGCUCCCCUUCAACCUCGCCACCGGUGAAGGUGUCCUGUACGACACCACUUUGGACACCUUCUCCAUGUCUGGUCCUCCUGGCCCAGGCACACCGGGCGCCACAGAGCCCCCGACAGAGAAACCUUUGGACCCCGCCUCCCUUCUUGGAUCCCUUAACCGUCAGGACCACUCAGUUUACACCCAGCCGCCACCACAGAAUCCAAGUCCUCAGCUCCCAAUCUUAGACCAAAUAGAGGAGCCUGAGUAUGAGCAAUCAGCUUUUGACAAACCUUUCAUGGACAGCCAUGCCCUGCUCAGUGUGCCGGGACAGACUUCCUUGAAACGCUCCCUUACAGGGGACCUCGCCACAUUAGCCAUGAUGGACUCUUUGGAACAAAUAUUGGAGGACAUUGGGGAAGGAAUGAUAGAAGGACUUGAAGUUGAGGAGACUGAGCUGAGGGAGUGGGAGAAAACUCUUGUUAGGGCAACCAAUGAGAGGGAGGAAGCAUCAAGAGACAUAAACCACAUAAACCGCAUCCUGGCCAAUGAUGUGUUCUCGUACGUCGAGGAGGCUCUGAGGACAGAGUCUUGUGGACUUUUGCCAAGCUCAGAUCCCACUGGACCUCACGCUUCUGCGAAUGGUUUAUCCAACCAAGAACAGCCUCCUGGGUCACUUUUCUCAAAUACUGAGCAGCCGAUGACUCACAGGACUUCUGGAUUUGCAGAUCAGGCUCUGUUUGGUGGUGCUGUUGGUUGUUCUGGAUUAAAUGGUGCAUCCCAAAUCGGGUCAAACGGAGGAGCGUACGCACGGUGUCGAAACAAUCCCCCGGGACACACCUCUUCACCGUGGCCUCCAAGUGGCAGCGAUCAGCACUGUGGCAACCAAAUGAUUUCAACACAGUCAUUCCAAGCUGUUCAAUCACAGCCUGAUAUGACACAACAGUCUUGGCUGCCACCUGUGCAAAACAAUGUGCUCAAAUCUGGAUUGGAGGUGACGCACCAAAGGGCACAAUACACACUGAACCACACUGGUUCACAGCAGACAUAUGUGGGGCAACCACUUCAGAGCCCCUCGGCGUGGCAACAGCAGCUGCCGCCGCAGCAUUUUCCCCAUCACACACUGACACAUUCCUCGCACACGCCGCUCGGUGUGAACUCAACUGCUCAGUCGUUUCAACCGCAGCGAUUAUCUGGCAGCUGCAUGUAUGAAAAAAUAGAAGGUCACAUACCCAACGCUGCUACUGUUCCUACCAGACAGAACGGACCUCUCCCGGGACCUGCGAGAUCCAGAGGACCCCCCACACAUGGUGCAGGGACGCUGACCGCUAACAGCCCCUUUACCCUCUCCCAUCCUUGUGUGGCAGCUGGAGCCAUGAGCCAGGGGAUGGUUCAGUCUUCAGGUUCCAACACUUACAUGAGUGCUGAUGUUGGCAACGUCGAUCUGGGUCAUUUGAGUGGAAACAACGCUGCGUUGGGAACAUCGCCGUCAGAUUACCCGAAUGGAAAUGGCGCAGUGCAGUCGUCCUUCUUCUGUUGGAACGGGGAAGCUCAGCAGAUCCCCAACCGUCCCAUGAACAGAGUCGUCGACCCGUUUGCCUUCCCCGCCCGUCCCACCGGGAACAUCAACCUUUCCCAAAACAGCUUGCCGCAGCCGCCUCUGCCCCGUCCUCAGAGACUCUGAGGGACUGACGCAGGACUUUCCCCUUCAUGGAUACGUAUGUUUGAGUGAUUUUUGUGUGUGCUGUGGCUCACCAAAGACAAUGGACCUUCUCAUUUCAAACUGUGCUACAUUGCAGACUUUGGCCGGUGAUGUAGGUUAAGUUUCUCCAUUUUUGACUCUCUUAAAUAUUUAUCAAAAAUUUCUUACCCAGUUAUUGGCCUUUACACGUGCUAUGCUGAAAGUAACCAACGAUUUUGUGAAGAAGAGAAGCUGGACCCAACAGGAUUAAUUGUGGACAUUCUUGACUUUCUGUAUUCAAUAACAUGUUUGGACUAAAAUGACCACACUCAUCGAAUGGAAGACUUUCUCACGACAGCUCAACUCCCUCUGACUGUGUCACAAUGUGAAUCUGGGAAUUGAUUUUUCUACAAACCGUUACCUCUGCCUUCUGUCAAUUAUCCAGUCUACAUGCAGUUUCUAUUGGGUUGUUUUUGAGUGGCACCUGGAGGGCCCGCCCUUAGAUCAGGAUCAUCUCGCUCACAUCCUCAAUUUAAGAAUGCUUCUCACUGGCACUUACUGUUGCUAGGUUACCAAACUUUGCGAAGUGCACUUCUGCUUCCCUCGGUAAUGACUGUAAGGCCUUUUUUUUUUUUUUAACUGCGCCGUAUACCAAACAUUUUCUUUUAUUAAAGUAAAAUCACCAAGGAAACAGAAAAUAGUAUGUUUGGGCAAACAGCAGUUUUCGUACCUUUCAAAAGACGAGUUAGAACGAGUUUUUACCAGAAGUCCCGCCCCUUCUUGAUUUUGAUUUGUCAUUGAGGGAGGCUCAAACACUGACACUUGACACUGACAUUUUUACAUUGGAGGUUGAGCACUUAAAAGCCAGCACACAAACCAGCGUUAGUGGACGCAGGACCUAAUUUAUGGUUCAUUCAUGAAUAACAAAGUCAACCAAUGUUCAGAUUCAGCUUUGUUUUAAAAAGUGAACCCAAACAAAAGGGACAUUUCUCAGCUUUGAAAUGUGAAUUCAGGUCCAUCCUGAAGCGAUACUCAAAAUAUUCACAUUUAGGUUGGAAGAGUUUAUGAAUUUUUCCUCCUGUUUAGAAAAUGUGCAGAGUUCCCUGUUUCGGUUUGUUUUUGAUCGGCCUCUAAGAGUUGUCCAAGGAGCUGAGAUUGAUUCCAAAAGAUGAACACUUGAAUCAAGUCUAAAGCAUUACUCUUGUUAGAAUUCUUGACAGGUUUUUGCACUAAAUGGAGACUGUGUGUGUUUAUAGACCCCAUCAGUUACUAUCAAACUUCAUCAGGUGGGGAGCUCAGCUUCCAUUAGGAACAGGAGAAAUUUAUCCAGACAGCAAACACAGUUUCAAGGUGCUUCUGUACGCCUGAGAGACGUUUUUAUUAAGACAAAAUCUAAGAUUUAUGCCCUUUGAUUAAACUGGCUUUGUUUUAUUCAGCUGUGAACCCAAAUAAGACCGUAGACGCUCAUCUGUACCAACUCUAACGCAGCUAUGUUGGAGAGAAUUGUGACUGAGACCAUUACAUUUAAACUGGCCAAUUAUCUAUAAAUUAUAAACGUUUGUUUUAAACAAACAUGAUGCACCUUUAAAAUACUUCUAGCAAAAAAAAAAAUCUAUUUCACUGAGUAUUUUCCCUCCUUUAAAAGAACCCACUUUUAUUCUGAGAUGGGACAAAAAGUUCAAUAGGGACGUUUUAAGUAUUGAUAUGUGUUGUGGACGGAGCACUGAGGGAAUGCUGUUUUCAAAAAAUGACAGUUUUCGAACAUGACCCUGCCUUUAAAAGAGUCCUCAAAGGUGCAAACAACCCAACAGUGACUUAAAGUAUGUUCUACACAAUUACUGCUAAUGAAUGCCAAUCCAAGGCCUGUUCCAAAGAGGCCCCUGAAACCUGGUCAAAAGUCUUCAAAAGACCUUCAGCCGAGGAUGUAUCGACCAGUAAAAAAAACAUCAAAAUGUGUAAAUUGUAAUGUGUUUCUCUUGUUUUCACAUGAUGUGGCAGCUGCAGUGCUCAAUGUGAACAGAUCUGAACUGGGGAGUAUGAUUCAGAAGUGUAAUCACAUACUUUAUAUUUCAGUUUAACUUUUGUAUCCAUGUCAGCUGUAACAAAGAAGAGCCUUUUUUUUGUCCCUUGUGGAGUCAAAUUAUAUUCAGAAAUGUGCACAUGAAUGCAUAUUUUACCUGUAGGAGACGGCCAUAUUAUCGUGCCUGUGUAAUUAUAGGUAACGUUAUAGCUGCUUGUGUACCACAUGUAACCUUUAAGGACAAGUCUAAUUUAUUUUGCCAUUAAAGAACUGUAACCCCGUC